AUGCCUUUGGCUGCGCAGGAUUACAACAUGGACAAGGCUCAGCAUUUGCUGGACUUUCUGACUUAUGCCAAUAUCCGUCUUGUGAAGUUUGAUCAUCUGAAGAAGCUUGCAGAAGAAGGACAGCUGUGGCCACGUCGUGAGGAUGGGAAGGAGGCUUUGGUAAAUCUGCAGGAAUUGAGGUGCCUGCGCCCGAGUGAGUAUUCGCCGAGUGGUCUUCGCUACUUCUCCGCUUCUGGUUUGCAUGGCGAGAGAAAAUUUGUCCACAUUGUGUCGCUCUCCCACAGUUGGGAGGCUCAGGAUCCUUGGCAGGAAGAGAAGCCUUUGCACUUUCGACAUGAACAUGCUGAUCCAUUUGGCUGGCAACUCCACUGUCUGGUAAAAUCUGUCGAAGCUUUUGAGGACGAGAUCUCGAAAGAAAGGUGGAGGAUGUGGAAGUUUUGUGACGAUGUGGUCGAGUACUGGGUCUUUGUUGACUUCAUCAGCUUGCCGCAAUACAGGAGGAAGUUUGUGCAGAACGAGUUUUUCCAAAGGGCUAUGGGAUCGAUGCAUAUCAUGUAUGCUCACGCCUAUGUGACUCGUGUGUUCCGCAUAGAGCAGUUGACCCCCGAGAAGUGGAAGCAAAGCCAUCCAAGAUUGAUCAACAUUUACUGCGAGCAGACAGGCAAGGUGGAGCCGCGGCCUUUCAAUGACUUGAAGGAGAAUAGUACACCCUAUUUUGAAAGAGGUUGGUGCGUUGCUGAGAUGCAGUGGAUGAGCACGCAGGGGCAUGUUAUUGGUUUUGCACCGAUGCCUCCGGACGUAUUUCAAGCGAGGGUUGCUUUGGGAGACUCUCAGGAAGGCCUGCCUUACUCAACCGAUGCAGCGCGCUUUUCAGCUUUGCCACUUAAGUUUACUCAUCGUUCUGAUGCGGAGCUCGUGCAGCACCUGCAGGAGAAAGUCUUCGUCGAGCGUGCAGUCCAGCGCAGAGACUUGCAAGCCUUCAGGUUGCCCAAGCAGGAGGUGGAAUUACUUGCUUUGGCCCUCCCGCAUUUCGAGAAUUUGGAGCGGCUAGUGAUUCAUGACUGCUGCGACAUUCGCUCCGCUGGUGCUGCAGGACUUGCCAAAGGCUUUGAGCGUCUCCGAAACAUAAGUAGAGUCCAGAUCAACAGUCGGAGUCUUGGUGAUGCGGGCACGAAGAUGCUUUCACGAGCUUUGGCACCCAGAAUGUACGCACUGAGACUAUUGGACUUUUCAGGAUGCCACAUGGGCGACGUUGGCGCAGCCGCUAUUGCAACUGCUUUUCAAAAUUCAGGGCCACCCGACGAGGUCAGACUCGCUGACAAUAGAAUUGGGGAUGUGGGUGCGCUGGCCUUGGCAGAAAUGUUACCAUGCGCAGUCUAUGACAAGACACCCUACGGUGGCUGUUGCCGAUGCUCUGUGGACCUUGUGGGAAAUCCUAUCACGAAUGCAGGUGUUGAUCGCGUUUGUGGAGUCCUUCACAGGGAUUGGCUCUUCACAGACUAUGCCUUCAAAGCUGCUUUCCGAGAAGUUUGGGUUGAAGUUGCGCUGAAGCUCAUCGCCGUUGCUUUGGUCGCGGUCGCCUCUUCGUUCCAGAGCCUGAUGAUGACCUUGGGUUUUACGCUCGGUACGGCCAUGGUGCUGGGAACGCUGAAGCCGUAUCGGCAGCGUCAGGUCAAUGACCUGCAGUGCUUCUGCUUUUUCUGCCUCUCAGCAGCGGCUGCUGGAUUUGCCUGGCACCACAACGUCCUUGCUCGGGGCGCCUUAGCAGCUCCCUUUGCCGUGGCUGCUGUGCAGGCGCUUCGCCCAGAUGGCCCAGAAGCUCUGGCGCUGCGUCUCUUUGAGGCCGCCAGUGUGCAGUGGCCGGCCCUGCAGAAAGGUGAAGCUGUGGAGCUCACGGUGGAAUGGAAGACACACUACUCCGAGCAUUUGUCCUGCGAUGAGGCGGCGACCAGCACCAUCGGCGCCAUGCUCUCGCUGGACAAAGAGAAUGCCACGUUGGCUACGCGACUCGCGGCUGUUGCAACUUGGCUGACUUUGGUGCAGGGAGACAGCCACCGGGCCAGCAAAACAGAGUACAGAUCUCCGAAUCAAGAAAAGGACCGGAUUGGGAAGUACUCUGUUCCUCCUGAGUCCCGACCAGACAAGCCUGUAGAUGUUGCGCCCCCGCAGGCUCCAGGGAAGUUUGCGCUGAUCGUGGCGACACCUUUCAUCCCCCUUCCUUUUGGCUUCCUUGCGCGGAAGCUGCUGGACCCUGUGGAUGGAGAACUGCGGUUGAACUGCAGAGCGUUCACUGGUUUUCUACUCCCUUCGGUGGAACAUCACUUGGAAGAUCUCAGUGUUGAAGCUCCGCUGCGGCAGGAUGUGGUAAUCGGUCAGCUCACUGGCAAUGCAGAGGAGGACCAUUUGUCCCCAUUCGUUGAAAUGAACGGAGCAGAUGGCAGCAUCGAUGUAACAAAGGAUAGCAAAGGGCUGGAGUUCAACGUAUGCCAACUGCACUGGUCUGCACACCCGGCUUUCCGGAUUGGCAGUGCGCACGCCCGCGCAGCCAAUGAUCAAAUCAAGGACAUGGCCAUGAUCGACCACCUGUGGAGCAGCUACAAGGCCUCUUCAGGCCCUUACUUGAAAGUUUGCAAGGCUUUGGUCGACGCUUCAGAAGGUGACCAGCUUCAACCGCUGGGCCAGACCAGGGCACGUUCCUUGUUGCCGAUUUUGCUCCUGAAGUUAGCGCUUGUGGCGAAAGUGGUGGUGCUCAUCCCCCAGGACUCCCUAGAAAUCAUCGACCGGGCCAUCUUUGCCAAGCUAAUGAAGGUCCACUUCGAGAUGUACGUGCUCGUGCUGCUUGCAAUGCCUUCAGCCCCGAAUCCCAAAGACCAGAUAAACUGGCAAACACCCAUCCCGCUGUCACACAUGAGCGCUGCUGUGGACGCGAAUCAGAAUGUCGAGGACAUGAAGGUAGAGCUCUCAAAGAAGGCGGUGCAGGGGUGCAACUUCCUGCAGGAGGAGGCCAACUACGAGUUUGAGUUCCUUGCAGCUUGUGUUUGGCUGCCCUUUCUUCGAAAGUCCGAUGCGUGGGCAACGCCCCUGCCUGCACCGCGGCUGCUCAGUAAUCGCCAAAAAGACACGGACCGCCCAGAUCCGAGCAUCUUCGAAUACUGGCAUGCCAUCGGCGCCCCUCAGGACUUCGCCUCCAUGCCGCAUGAUCCGCCCCAGAUUGAAAUGGAAUCAGCUGAGCUCAGAAUCUCUUGUCCUGUGGGCAGCUUCCUGAGUAGUGUUGAGUACGCGUUCACGAAGCCAGCCGGCAGUUGGGGAGGUAAACAACACUUCUUAAAGGGCGUCUGCAGCAACAGCCACACUGUGGAGACGGCUGCGAACAGUCAGUUUUCGACCAGCGGACUUUGCACCGACGUAGCCGCACUCUUCUCGGACCACGUCGUUGCAGUGAUGACCGGCUUGGUCUUCAGCCGCCCAUCGAAUGAUGCGGCCAAGAUCAAGCAUUCUACGUGCAAGCUGGCCUAUCUCUGGAGUUCAGAUGGCCCCUACCACAUCCCAGGAAGCUCGCUGAUGGACAGUCAGGACAUUUUUUGCGAGAACGACUGCGAUGCGAGAUCCUUGAUCGCGAGUGGCGCCUAUGCCUACAUUCUGCGACCGGCCGAGCAGGGAGGCGAAAUUGAUGUGUGGAAGUCGCACCAUUUGGACUAUGAUGACCGCUUGCAGUGGAUCAAAGCGAUCCAGGGGCCGUACACGCGUGUGGAGCUGGCGUCCAAAGUCUCCAGCAUCACCUCGGUGACUCUUGCAAGGAACUACAUGGUGUUUGGCCUCUCCAAUGGCCAAGUUUCCUGGACAUCCAUCGAAUUCGAGUACAGCUACAUGCCCAUGAUCUCUGUGGGCGAGCUGGCCGGGAAGCCAAUCUCCUCCUUAGUGGCUCGUGGCAGCUUUAUCUUUGCAGCUUCAUACCAAGCAAUGCUGGUCUACAUGAUCUCUAUGAUGCCACGACCAGUGGCGCUCAGCAAGAAGUUCCUUGUUUUGCCCCGCAAGGACUCGAAACGGAAAAAGGACGGUGUGCUCGGAUUGACUGUGGUCGGCAGCCACAUGUACAUUGCCAGCCAGCAGCACAUCCAUCGGAUCUCAAUUGAGACACAGGAGGCAGCUUACGCUUAUCACAAGCAAGGCCUCACGGCGGCGUUCGCUGGCAUCCAAGAUGGCUUCUUGUACAUGAGCUGGCUUACAGCCAAGACCGUCCUUGACAACUACAAGGAGAAGGAGGAGCUGGCCAAGAUCCCGCUUCAUUUCCGUAACUCUGCAGACAUGGUCAAGGUGAUGCCCGUGGGAGAACGAUCCUGGGAUGCCGUCGUACCGGUCGUGGUUUCACCAGAUCAUGCCUAUGCUGCGCGUACCCAUGGCGCUGUGGAGCUGGACCUGCAGAAAGGUUCUGCCAAAGAGGACUCCGCCCUGGAGCUAUGCAGCACUUGCUACAUCAAGAGCAUUGCUUUGUGGCGGGGUCGUGUCUACCAGGCGAUUAGUCGCAUACGCGUUGUCAUGACCAAACCAGCUGCACCUCUCCAUCCAGAAACAAUGCGGUACAUGGAAGAAAUGGGCUUUCGGCAGAGCCCGCUGGCCUAA